AUGGAGCUCCUCACCGACAGCGAGACGCGCGACUUCAGCCGGUUCCUCGACUCGUUCGCCUCGUCGUCGUCCGGCCCUCCUCCCUCCUCCUCUGCCGCCGUCGCGUCCGCCUCGUCCGCCCUCGGGUUCGCCGCUCCGCCACCGCCACCUCAAGCAGUCGGUAGCUCGUCCCGGCGCACGCUCGCUCACGGCGGCGCCGCGACCUGGGACCUCGGCGGCUGGUCCGACCCGGCUGGCCAGCACCGCGCACCUCGCCUCCCGCACCCUGCUCCUCCUCCACCACCGCCCCUCCUGUCGCACCGCUCGAGCAGCGGCAGCAGCGUACCGCUCGCGCACCGGCCGCACGGGUACGCGACCGCCUCGACGGGCCCCCUCACCUCGCUCCCGCGCCCGCCGCACCUCUCGUCGGGCGCGCCGACGUCGCACCUCCCCGUCCCGCCGUCGCUCGCCUCUCACUUCCAGCACCCCGGCCUGGGCGACGCGACGCACGCCGAGCCCGACGCGAGCAAGCGCGCCCGCAUGGCGCAGCACGCGCGCGACCUCGAGGCGUGGAUGGGGCGCGCGCCGUCUCGGCCGCCGCCGGGCGCUGCAGGCGGCGGUGACGAGGACGACGAGGACGACGACGACGAGGGCGGGCGCGAGGAGCGCGGCCUGCCGCCGCUCAAGCGCGCGAGGAGCGAGGACCCGGCCUCGGCUCGAGGCCGACGCGGUGGGGCGGCGAGGGCGAGGCGGGCUCGAGGCGGCGAGGACCCGCUCGUCGCCAUGCUCGAGGAGGCCGAGCGGCGUGCCGGGUGGCCCGGCGCGGCAGCCGUCGCAGGGGCAGGACCGGCGCGCGAUCCCGCCCACGCGCUGCUGCACGCCGCCGCGAGCGCCGCUGCGGCUCAGGAGGAGGAGGACGAGGGCCGGCGCGAGCCCGAGUGGCCCGCCGUCCUCCCGCCGGGCAAGCGCAGGUCGGCGCAGCAGGCGGCGCAGGUGUCGGCGCCCGGAAGGAAGAAGCGCGCCGCCGUGUCCGACACCGCCCUCGCCGCAGCCGGCGACGGUGCGCCUGCGCCUGCGCCCGGCCCGUCGGGCCCACCGCACACCGUCGCGCCGACGUCUCGCGCCAAGGGCGGCGCCAAGAAGAAGCAGGCCACGUCGGGCGCCGCCACGGCCGUCGACACGCCGAUGGACGACAACACGUCGACGGCCGCCUCGCCCGCCCCGGUCCUCCCCGUUCCACCCACCUCGCUCAUCGACAACGACGACCCGGACGCGCCGCACCACAACCCGGGCCCGGCCGUCACGCCGCACAACAUCCCGCGCCUGCCGGCCCGACCGCGCAAGCUCCUCGGCCCGUCCCGCGCCAGCUCGACGCCGUCCGAGUCGCCCGCUCCCGCCCAGGGCGGCGGCAAAGGCGCGCUCCUCACGGCCGAGCAGAAGAAGGCCAACCACAUCGCGAGCGAGCAGAAGCGGCGCGCCGCGAUCCGCCAAGGGUACGACGGCCUGUGCGAGGUCGUGCCGGCGCUGCGGGCCGCCGUGCAGGAGUUCGAGGAGCGCGUCAGGAAGGUGACGAGCGGCGCGGCGGGCGGCGCCGGCGCAGCAGGAGGAGGAGCAGAGGCGACGGGAGCGGACGGCGCGCUCGACGGGGCCAAGGGCGGCAAGGGCAAGAAGAGGCUCGGGAGGGGCCUCGACGGGCAGAGCACGACGGGUGCGCUCAUGGGCGGCAUCCAGGUCGGCGGCGAGAAAAUUGACGGGCGCGCCGGGCCAAAGAGCGAGGCGGUCGUGCUGGGCAAAACCGUCGAGCGCGUGCGCUUCCUCCUCGACCAACGCUCGACCCUCCUCUCGCGCCUGUCGGACGCCUACGCCCUCGGCGCCUCGCACGGCCUCGACGUCGCGCCCGCGGCGGGCUCGUUCGGCAGCGAGUGGGACGAGAAGUGGGACGAGAGCAUGCGGGCCGAGGUGCUCGGUGCGGGCAUCAAGGACGAGGCGACCGACGACUUCGGCGACGAGGACGCGCCGGGCGAGUGGGACGGCGAGUGAGGGCAGCUUGCGUCGUCGUCGGCAGCCUGCGUGCAGUACAUCCGCUUUCACCCAGAG